GCCAGGAUGAGUGCACUUAAGCCAGUUCAAGAGGGACCGCUCCUCUUUGAACAACCUUUCAUAAAGGUUCCUAUUGAAGCAUCCCGCAAGAGCUUCCGUAAUGCCACACGCCUUGUAGACCGGGAUCUUGCCCUCCUGUCCACAACCGCUAAAGAUCUGCUACACAAAUCCAAAACGGGUCUCGUCGGUGGUCUCUCGCGCGAACAAGUCUCGGCUCAACUCGAUCAUCUCACCGCCCGAGUACGCACGCUCAAGCACCGUGUCGAGGAGCUCCAGGACCGGUCCCUCUCCCCUGCGCAUGGGAAGGUCAGGAAGAGGAUCGAGCACGUAGCUGCGAUCGAUGCAUUUACGGGUGUGGACGAUCCCAUGUAUAAAAGCUUUUCUAGGACGAGGCUUGAUAGGUGGAUCGUCGAUUGGGCGCUGAGAACGGGGAGGACAGAGACUGCCAAAGCAGUUGCAAAUGCGAAAGGGAUCGAGGAUCUGGUGGACAUCGAGCUCUUCUCGGAAAUCAGUGCGAUAGAGAACUCCCUCCUCUCGCGUUCCUGUACCCAAGCCCUGCACUGGUGCACCGAGAACCGGAUCGCACUCAAGAAACUCCGUUCCAAUCUCGAGUUCGAUCUCCGGCUACAAGAGUUCAUCGAGCUCAUCCGUGCCUCCAAAGCACGGGAAGCGAUCAUCUAUAUGCGCAAGCACCUCGUUGCCUGGGAAAGCGAGCACCGUUCAGAGCUAGAGAUGGCCAUGGGCAUCCUCGCCUCCUCCGCCUCCGGAGGGCGGAGUAUAACAGGCCCGCAUAAGCGGCUAUACGACCUAAGUCGGUGGAAGGUCCUCGCCCGCACCUUCAGACAAACAGCAUACACCCUCUCCUCCCUUUCCUCCGAACCAAUGCUCUAUAUCGCCCUCUACGCCGGGCUAGCAGCGCUCAAGCACCCAGCAUGCUACGAUCGCGAUUCGCGCAACCCCGACUGCCCGGUCUGCGACGUCGAGGGCUUUGGAAAGCUCGCGAAGGAAGUUCCCUUCAGCCACCACAGUAUCUCGACGGUGAUUUGUAGGAUAAGCGGGCAGAUCACGAACGGCGAUAACCCGCCAAUGGCUUUCCCCAAUGGGGCUGUUUAUUCCCAAGAGGCAUUGGAGCAGCAGGCGGCAGCGGUAGGUAUGGGAUUUGUCACUGAUCCCAAGACGGAUGCGAAGUGUGAGUUUGGAGAGCUGAGGAAGGUGCAUAUCCUCUAGUUCUGGUGUACUACUUUAUAUCAUCAGGAUCUGCAAUGUCAUACCCCUUCGUCA